CGGGUCUGGGAGCCGCUCACCGCCACCCGCCUGCAGAUACGCAAGAAAAAUUCUCUGAAGGAUUGUGUGGCAGUGGCUGGGCCCCUUGGGGUCACGCAUUUCCUGAUAUUGAGCAAAACGGAGACUAAUAUCUACUUUAAACUGAUGCGCCUCCCAGGAGGCCCCACCUUGACUUUCCGGGUCAACAAGUACACACUGACACGUGACGUGGUCUCCUCGCUGCGCCGCCACCGCAUGCAUGAGCAGCAGUUCACCCAUCCUCCCCUCCUGGUGCUCAACAGCUUCGGCCCCCUGGGCAUGCACGUGAAGCUCAUGGCUACUAUGUUCCAGAACCUGUUCCCCUCCAUCAACGUACACAAGGUUAACCUGAAUACCAUCAAGCGCUGCCUUCUCAUCAACUAUAACCCUGACACCCAGGAUCUGGAUUUCCGCCACUAUAGCAUCAAAGUUGUCCCUGUGGGCGCAAGUCGUGGGAUGAAGAAGCUUCUCCAAGAGAAGUUCCCCAACAUGAGCCGCCUGCAGGACAUCAGCGAGCUGUUGGCCACGGGUGCGGGACUGUCAGAGAGUGAGGCAGAGCCCGAUGGCGAACACAACAUCACUGAGCUACCCCAGGCCAUCGCGGGGCGCGGCAACAUGCGGGCCCAGCAAAGCGCUGUGAGGCUUACUGAGAUCGGACCUCGGAUGACGCUGCAGCUUAUCAAGAUUCAGGAGGGUGUCGGGGAGGGGAACGUGCUCUUCCAUAGUUUCGUGCACAAGACAGAGGAGGAGCUGCAGGCCAUACUGGCAGCCAAGGAGGAGAAGCUGCGGCUCAAGGCCCAGAGGCAGGACCAGCAGGCCCAGAAUGUCCAGCGUAAGCAGGAGCAGCGAGAGGCCCACAGGAAGAAGAGCCUGGCGGGCAUGAAGCGGGCACGGGCAGAGGCUGAUGGGGAUAGCGAUGCUGAGGACCCUGGGGCCCCCCCAGAGGCAGAGAGGGCUGGCCAGCAGGAGGAGGAGGAUGAAGCCGAGUACUUCCGCCAAGCAGUGGGCGAGGAGCCUGACGAAGACAUGUUCCCAAAGGCCCAGCGGAGACGGUCCACCAGGCCUCCAAGCAAGAAGCAGCGGUUAAAGCAGCGGAGGCCAGACCGUGGCGGUGACCACAGGCCUCCAAAAGCCAAGGGCAGGCCCUGGGGGACCCAAGCCAAGCUGGGGCCUCGAGGGGCUGUUCAGAACUAUGGCCGAGGCCGAGCACAGCCACCUAAGAGAGUGGCCUGAGGCUGAACCUGAGCGGUGGGUGAAAUGCCCCAGAUUGGGGCCCCAGAGAUGCUGCCCUGGGCUCCUGCCUGGGUGUCCAGGUGUAGCCCUCAGUUUCCUUUCAUAAAGGAGCUGGUUCCCCAACCUUCCUUCUAAUAAACACUGAUUUCCCAUGA